AUCGCUGCCGCUGCCUCAAAAGGACAUUUAAAAAGCUGGAAUGCUGUGUUACUGUCUUAGCACUGCUGAGAACAUGUUUAAUGUAGUAUUGUAGGAUUCUGUUAUCUGAUCCUCUGCCAGUUAUUCUGGUUUAAAUUUGUGUAUUGUAAUUUCAACAUAAAAAUAAGCCUUUAAACUGAAAAUUUAGUGACUGAAGGAACUGGGGCUGUCUAGUCUGGGGAGAAGGAGGCUGAGGGGAGACUUUAUUGCUCUCUUCCAGUAUCUGAAAGGUGCUUACAAUGAGAGCAGGUUGGUCUCUUCUCACUGGUGACAAGUGACAGGACAAGGGGAAAUGGCCUCAAGUUGCACUGGGGAGGUUUAGGUUGGAUAUCAGGGAAAACUUUAUGGAAAGGGUUGUUAAGCACUGGAAUGGGCUCCCCAGGGGAGGAAGUCGGUUCCUCCCCAGGGGAGGAAGACUCCCCAGGGUUGAGUCGCCAUCCCUGGAUAUAUGUUUAAGAACUAUUUGGAUGUGGUGCGCAGGGACAUGAUUAAGCAGAGGGUUUUUAGAGGUAGGGUAGUUUGGUUAGGUUGGGGUUGGACUCGAUCUUUAAGGUCUUUUCCAACCCGAGCAAUUCUGUGAUUCUAUGAUUUUGGAAGCGUCCUUUUUCUUUAGUUCAGUGUUGAGAGAAAUCAACAGUAACCAAUCUACUUCAGCGGUGUAUAGAAGCUAUUAAUAUCUUUGAGUGUCACAAGUAGCUGGAAAGUUUACAUGUUACUUUUUGUUCCUGUGUGUUAGGACCCUGGCAAAAUUCCUACCUGUUUGUUUUCUUACUUUCGUAAUACUGCACUAAUCUAUAAGGAUGCUGUGUUUGAGUUAUAACUAAACUUUCUUAAACAGUGCUAUUCUCACGUGAGGAAAAAAACCCAAAACUUGUCUUUACUGGUUUUCACUGAGUUUGUACACUGUUUGGGGUGUGUUACUUGACGAGAGUUAAUUCCUAUCUUCUGGCAUACCACCUUGGUCGUGUAGAGGCUUAUUAUGAGUGCAGAACUUGGCUUUAUUUGAUGAGUAUUAAGGCUACUCUUGCUCAUCUACUUACUGAAGGAGUGCAGAUGUUCAGUCUGCUAUAUUUUAAUGGAAUUACUUUGUUUCAGUACAUAGGUGUGCUUUUGGGGAAAAAAAAUAAACAACAAAUGACUGCACAAUGGGGAAGAUAUGCCAGCAACUCAAGCUGGUCUUCCAAAGUGAAGCUGUUUCUUUCUGUCCCGUGAGAAGGAAUGCUGUCUGAAAUAGUUUGAAUGCUGUUUUUACUACUAAAAGCAAUCGUGCAAACAGCUCUUCAGUGUCUCUGUUUUUCCAGAAACUUUAACUUCCAUGAUAAACUUCAGCCUUUGACAGGAAGGGCUGUGCCACCCCAUUUGGCUAUGAAGCACGGAAUAUUAACAACACUGGUUCUUCUAAUGUGCUCUAAAGCAAAUCUGGGCAUGGACAGUAAGAGAGCUUACUGAUGUGUGCUUCUGUACCCUACAGUGGCUGUAUCCUGUGUUUGCAGACAUUUCUUCUAAAAUUCAUCAUCUAAGCAGUGCUUACCAAAUAGUUGAAUGCUACACAUGCUGUGAUACUGAAUGAAAUGCACCCUCAGCUGAGGACAGCUUUUUCAGUGGUAACCAUGGUUGUUUGCUUCAUCUAUGCAGUUCCUAAAAUAUGGCUAAUCUAUCCUUAUAUGUACAAAUAGAUGUAAUAAUGAUGACUACUCAUAUUUCUUUGGUGUGGAACUGGUCAGUGUAAAGUAAGAUAGAAUAACAUCUACAGUAGAAACCCAAGUAACUUGCGUUGACUUCUAAAAGUUAGAAAGAUAAAUGAGCUGCACUUUGGCUAACCAGCCACAGGACAAGGCCCAGUGCAUGUCAAACGCCAAAGCUGAACUAGUUAAAUUAAAGUAGUUUUCAUCUCUCUUGACAGUCUAAAUAUUGCUGGAAUGAGAAGUGUAAUUUUCAUUGGUGUAUAUAGGCCUGUUUUUUUUAAAAAAAAGAAUAGUUAUCCAACAGAUCAUAGUCAGCUUUUUGCUUUUCAGCUGCAUUCUAGUCACUGCACAACCAGAGCAAGAUAAGUAGCUGUCUGACUUGGUUUCACUCUGCAGGAUAAAUGCUUCUACAACUCUUCUGACUUUUUUUUUUUAAUAGGGCUUAGUUUAUUUUAAGCUUUGUCUUAAGCAUCUUUGAUUUUGGACUCUUUAGUUCUCUUCCAGCCAUACAGCACUGACUAGUCAAAUGGAGUUAAGCUGGGACAUGAACAGGAGAUUGUAGGGGUUGGGGGGUGAGGGCAUGUAGUGGAGGAAGGAUGUGCUCUGUUCUGUCUUGUUGAGUUUGUCCUCAACACUAAAACAUUUUUUUCCUUAGCCACAACUUUUUGAAGUGUGUAUGCAUGUAUUUCUUAUUCUCUCUCUGUAUUCUCCUGUAAUGUAAUCAGUGUUUAGCACUGUGAGCCUUCCUAGAACAUAUUUAAACCAAUGCAGUUUACUGGGGACUGUGUGAUAUGCAAAGAAAAUUGUUGGUUAUGGAGGCCUGUAUUUGUAAAUAUUGGGACGUUUGCAAGAGAAGUGCUGUAAUUAGGGUUCACAUAAUUUGCUCAAAUAACUACAUCUUGAUUAAUCUUUAACAUCAUUAUGAAAAUGCGUAAUGCCAUUUUAAUGGGUUGUAUUACUCAGCAGAUGUUAGGCUGCCAUUAGGUAGCUUAGAGUUUUGUUUUUAGCAACAAGUGACCAAACAUGCAGAAAGUCUAUUUAUGUAUCUGUAGCAAUACUUGGUAGCGUUCUCAGUUAGAAGCUCAAAUGUUGAGGCUCAGUGAAAACUGGAGUUCUUGCUGGAGGGUAUCUCAAAAUGUGUGUAGAAAAUAUUUGCUGUUCUGGUGCCUGAACACGCUCAUUGUACAGUGAAUUCUGACCCUGAGCCCUCAGGGUGACUGCCUUGAUUGAUUCCUUGUGGAAUGUGGGAUAAGUUUGUGUGAUCAUGGUGCUUGUGCUUCUGCCUCAUAGAAAAACAAGUGAAUAGGUCUUGAUUCUAUCUGAACCAGUUUCAUAAAUCUUACUGACAGACAUGGGAAAGCUUUGAGACGCAGAGAGCUUUGUCUGAACAGUUUUGUUUCAGAGUAGGACAGUUAGUUACUCAGUUUGGAUUAAACUGCUUCAGUGUUGAAGAUGGUACUGCUUUCUUGAGCAUUUGCUUUAGUAUGACCAUACUAGGAACACAGGAUGAAGUGCUAGUUGUUUUGGAAGAGUAAAAGAUGAGACACUUCUAUGCUUAUGAACAGCAUAUCUAAGUCUACUUUGAAAAUUAAGGCCGCUCAAAAUGUGCAUUAUUCCAAAGGAAAGGAAAUCAGUUUUUCUCAGAGGCUGGAUGUGAUUUUUUUUUUGUCAAGCUUCACUCAUUUCCCAGUAUUUGCUUGAAUACUAACAUUUACUGUGUCUUGAGUGUUCUUUGUCUUGAAUGGGAUGUUUUAAGAAGGGAUAGUCCAUCUGCUCUGGAGCAUAGAUGCUGGUAUCUGGAGGACUUAAACUACGUAGUAGAACUAUAGGGGAAAAAAAGACUUGUCUCCACAACUUGCUUUACACUAUCUUUUGGCACAAUGGACACUUUUUAAGAGUUUUGCCAGUAAUCAGAAAUCAUCUAGGAACAGGAACAUUGGACUUCAAGGAGUAAGAGACUUUAAGGAGCUCCUCAGAAUCAGUCACUUAUAAAACCUGGUUUAACCCUACAGCUUGGGAAUGAAUACUAUUGAGACCGCAAAACUUGAAGACCAUAUGGAGGGUCAAAACAAUGACACUGCUAAUGGAUACACACGACCUACUCUCUCAGUCAGUGAGGAGAACAAAAAUGGCAAUAACAAACCGAAGGGCUUGUCCAAUGGCUUGCGGAAAACGGCGAAGAAAUAUCCUGAUUACAUCCAGAUUGCUAUGCCUGCUGAAUCUAGGAACAAAUUUCCUCUGGAAUGGUGGAAAACAGGCAUUGCCUUUGUCUAUGCUCUCUUCAACUUGAUUUUAACAACUGUCAUGAUCACUGUGGUCCAUGAGAGAGUACCUCCAAAAGAGCGUAGCCCUCCCUUGCCUGACAAAUUUUUUGAUUAUAUUGAUCGUGUGACAUGGGCUUUUUCUGUAUCAGAAAUAAAUGGAAUGAUACUAGUUGGAUUGUGGAUAUUCCAGUGGUUAUUUCUUAGAUAUAAAUCAAUUGUGGGACGCAGGUUUUUUUUUAUAAUAGGAACUUUGUACCUGUACCGCUGCAUUACUAUGUAUGUUACCACCUUACCUGUGCCCGGAAUGCAUUUUCAGUGUGCACCAAAGUUGAAUGGAGAUUCUCAAGCAAAGGUGCAGAGGAUCUUGCGACUGAUAUCUGGUGGUGGCCUGUCCAUAACUGGAUCUCACAUCUUGUGUGGAGACUUCCUGUUCAGUGGUCACACUGUAGUACUAACACUGAUCUACCUGUUCAUCAAAGAGUAUUCACCACGUCAUUUCUGGUGGUAUCACUUAAUCUGCUGGCUGAUGAGUGCUGCUGGCAUAAUUUGUAUCCUUGUUGCUCAUGAACAUUACACUGUAGAUGUCAUCAUUGCUUACUAUAUCACUACACGACUCUUCUGGUGGUACCACUCAAUGGCUAAUGAAAAGACUCUAAAGGUUUCUUCGCAGACAAAUUUUCUCUCUCGAGCUUGGUGGUAUCCAAUAUUUUAUUUCUUUGAGAAGAACGUGCAAGGAUCUGUUCCUUGCAGCUUCUCCUGGCCAAUAUCUUGGCCUCCCAGCUGCUUCAAAUCGUCAUGCAAAAAGUAUUCACGGGUUCAGAAAACGGGAGAAGACAAUGAAAAAUCUACCUGAAGAAAAGCAUCUGCUCUGUUUUUUUUACCAAAAUAUUAAUGCUGUAACCAAAGUUCUUAAGAGGACUAUAUUGUAACUGAAGAAGUGGACCAAACGUCUGUGCAAUUGAUUGGAAAUAAAUUGUAGACAAGUAUAUUGCCAUUUCAUAAUACUUUCCUGUGAUCACGCAGUGCAGCGUGAUGUGCUGAUAGAAUGCACCGCUGAUGGGAUUUUUUCCUUAAAGAAAAUGGAGCAGGACUUUGCUUUACUAAUGAGAUAGAGGUGCCAAAGACCUUAUUAACACUUUCACUGCUAACUAUCGCUCAUCCACAGAAGCACCCAAAAAUCUCAUCCUCAGAGUUCUGGAGUGAAAGGGCCAAAACAUGCUAAAAUAUAGAAGCAUGAUAUCCAUGUAUUGAAGUAUACAAAAAACACAGUUAUGGGAAGUGGUUUGCUGCAUUAUCUUUGCUAAUGAAGGGAAGACCUUUGUGUGACUAGCACAGCUGGAAGCAAGUGUUGACUUUUUUUACAUUCUGUGGGUAUAACUAUCUUAUGACCCUAAAAUACUGCUACCACUGUUAUCUUCCAUAUAUCCUACGAUGUACCAAUUUUUACAUUUUUAUUAGUGUUUUAUAUUUAAACUGUUGUGCUACCUGAUGACUUUGCAAAUUAGGAAUAGCUGCUAACAUCAGAGCUCAAAGAGCCUAGAACUUUAUUUUUUAAAAAGGGCACAGUUUUGAAGUCUAAAUCUUUAACUGCAGUUUGGCCUUGUGUAUAUAGCUAUACAGUGACUGUUGGUGUAUGUAUAUGCAUACGCACACAUAAGCAUAUGCUGAUGUGUAGGUAAACAUGUUAAAGAAAACUACUUAACUGAAAAAGAGUGGUCAUACUGUUCUUAAUUCAGGCGAAAGUCCCAUUGAUCUCACCUGCUCGAGAGACCAGAUCUGGAAUGGGGCUGUAUUUAACAUAAACUUUUAAUUUUAAUAGCUAUUUCCUGUUGAAACUAUGUCCCAAGUUUGCUUGGGAGCCAUAGUUCUGCAUUUAAUUUGGUUUUGGUACCUUUUGACACAUUUUUGUGAUUAAAAAGAAAAAGCCAAGGUAAAUGCCCACAACAGAAGCAUUUCUUCAGUUAUUAUGUAAAACCAUUUGGGAUUGCAUUUCACUGUGGUAUAACUCCAAGUGCAAAUUCUCCUUUUUUUUUUCCUCCUGGUUUUAGUUCAAUUAGAAAGGCUCUAUACGCAUGUUGGCUGAGAAUGUAAGAAACCACCGAUGUAAACGUGUAACAGAAAUGCCAAUUAGCAACUACCUGAUUCUUGUUUUUCAUUGCUUUGUAUUGUUGAGAAAGCAAACUAGAAAACUAACGUACCAUCUUUAGCAAUUCAUUUCUGCAGAUAAUUCAAUUUUUUUUCCAAGUCUUCAAGUUAAGCCUGAUAGCAGAGCAAGAACUGCAUUAAGAGCUGAAGUUACACUAGUAUAAAGGAAAUGGUGUUUAUUUUAAAAAUGUCUUGAAUUGAGUGACAAGUAUGAACAUAGUUUAUGAAAACUUGUUUUUAAAAUAGUGCAGUUAAAGUAUUAAAAUGCAAUACAGAUUAUUCAGAUAUAUAUUUUGUUUUAGUUAAGGGGAUCGAUAACUAAGUUGUACAUGAAAAUGUUAAUGUUCUCAAAUUUUUGUGCAUUAUCAAAGUACAAUACAAUAAAAAAAAUCCUUACAACACAUCCUUGGUUAAAAAAAACUUAGCUAAGAAAGAAGUUCUGCUCAUGUUUGCUUGUUUGUUUUAUUUUAAAUAAGAUGCUCAAAUUUUUUCAAGUGUGCCCUGGCAAUUUGUGUGCGUAGACAUGGCUGUGUAUUUGCUUGCUCCUGACAGAACUUGAGUAACUAAAAAGCUGGUAUCAAAAUCACUUUCAUGAAAGUACAAAUGAAUUGGUUCAGUGAGAGUCUAUAAAUUUCACAGGGUGGUGUUAUAUCAAUGUAACUUCACAGAGCAUGACAUUUUUUUUGAAGAUGAAUACUGGCUUUGAUAUCUUAAAUAUGCUCAUCCUAAGACAGUUCUAGUAAUACUCUAGAAAUCAUGAAUGGAUCUCACUGUUGUUACCUGUGCCUUGAAAAUAAUGUGAUGUAAAGCAUUCCAGUAAGGAGCUUAAGCAGUGGUAUUCAUCUGGUGGCUGAAUAGUAAAUACUUGGAUAGCAUAGAUAACUAAUUGUCUGCAUACCCACCGCUGUGUCUCAGCGGGAUUUCUGUAAUGCAUCUGCCAACUAGGAUUUCUUCAUGCAGGAUUAGGUGGGUUUUCCUGUUGCUGUGAGGGAAAACGUGGAAGAAGGAAAAAUAGAACAAAGUCAGAUUUUGCUUUUGUUGGUAAGUGUGAGCUUUUCAUUCUGCUGCUGAAUCUGAUAGAAACUUCUGUUGUAAUGCAGAAGAAAAGUAAACGACAGCCCUAGCUCAAAAUACUUGAUUCCUGUUCUAGCUCAGUUUCACCUUAGGUGCUUAACUUUACUGCACUGUAUCAAAUGCCUCAAAAGGGUGCGUGCUUACUUUACAUUUAAAAAAAGAAUUCCUCUACUAUCUUUGUAGCUUUAUAUUGUUCUUGCAAACAUAGUGCAGAUGUGCUUGAAGACUUCUUAUGCCUAUGUAUGUAUGGUGAUGAAGUAGGGUAACUAAUUACUUACACGAUAGUGCUUACGGCUCUAGUAGUCUAUCCAAUACAUAUCAGCUGGUAAAUAAAAAUUAUUUUAAGAACUUGGAGAUCAUCAUAGGUAGAUUCUGUGAAGCAGAAAAUCUGGUUUCAUCCUAGGAGGGAAAAGAAUUGCAGUGAGUGAAAACAGAAGAAUAUUUGGAUUAUCUUAAUGUACCAGAUGCUUGACUAUGAGCCUAUUUGGGCUGUGAAGGCCCACUGUUUUUUGUUAUGUCAUUGUAAGUAUCUUUCCUGGAGCUAUGAUGAUCUCUUACAGAUGUCACAAGCUGCAGCUGUACUAUGACUAAAUAAAAUGUUCCUUCUCUCUACUGCAGAGCAUCUACAUGUUGAACAGUGUAGGCACUUCAAAAACAAAACAAAAGCUACAGUUGUGCACCUGUCAUAUCAGUAUGAUUUGAAUGCUGUUGGGUGCUCUGCAUUUACAAAUCAAACUUCCAGGAAUGCUUAACUUGAAACCAGGAUUUCUUAAAUUCAAAUGCCGAACUGGGAUUUAAAAGGUUAACUUCAACAUCUAAAGAAAUGAGCUGCUAUUUGAUCGUGCUGCAGAUGCUUAUUUCCGAGAAAACGUGCCAGCCGGCAGUGACUAGCACAGUUAGAAGCGCUGUGAACUGACAUUUCUAUGUGUUUAGCGCUCCCUUGUGGACAUAAAUGUUAUUGUUAGUCAUUUUCCAAUGCUGUUUUCUUGGUAAGAUAGCUGCAGCUGGGGUAGUAACAAAAAGCUGUGCUAAACAUUGCUGUGAACUCCAGCACUGCAUUUCUUCCUCCUCAGCCCCACUUUUUUUUUUCCCUCCCCUCUUUUAAAAAUAAAAACUUUAAACUUCAUAUAAUUGAGAAACACAGCUCUAUUAGUAAAGAUGGAACUAGAAGAUAUCUUAGGACAUGAGAGAGAAUUCUCUUAAGAGGAUUUGCAGUAAUCUGAUUAUCUGUUUCUUAAAUCUGAAUCUGUUUAAACUUUCACCCAUCGUUAGUGUCUGGCUCGACUAUUUAUCCUGCAAAAGCCUGAUAUCAGACCAGAUCCCUUGCCUCAUUGCAGUAGACGUGAAGCAUGUUUUACAGUUCUGAGAUCAGAUUCAUUCAUUUCAGUGCAAGAUGAAGUCUUCCACUUCAGCUUGUGGGAAGGUUCCUUUGAACUUUUUCUUACCUAAACUAUCUUAAAGAGUGAAGGGGUAUAAUCUUAAAUACUUGCUCAGUAUAUUAGAUGUAGUGAUCAAAUGCUUGGAACUGGUUUUUGCUACUGGCUGACUUCCCAGGCAUAGCGCUCCAUACUCAUCUUUAUUUUCUUUAAUGCUUUGAACUCAGCUAGGAGUCUUCUACAGAUGCACAACACUAAAAUGAUCUAAGAGUAAACAUUGCUUGUGUUCUAGACCAGGCACUAAGACUAGUGUGACUUAAGUUCAGUUUCUGGAGGAGGGGGAAAAAAAAAAAAAGAAGAAUCUUGAAGAAAAUUACUUCUGUUGACCACUAUUCCAAGUGACUGUCAGUGCUUAAGAGGACAUAAAAAUAUCUCUGUGUUCCACUGAAGUAAUUUUGGUUGUACAUUAAGCUUUUUCUGUUCCUUUAUGAUGCUUCCCAGUGCAAGGAAAAAGUGCCAAGAUGCUGAGAAUGAAAAUGAAACAAUUCUGGACUGUAGGUAUCUUAAGCAAUUGGAAGGCCAUGGGGUGUCCCUGUGUGGAGUAGUCUGCUCUGUAUACACAGCACUGGAUGCAGAACGCAGAGGUUUCUCCUCCUUCUGGGAGGAAAGACUAGGUUGUACCUGCAUAGUAGGCUGAGCCAUCUUUACUUGUUCUUUUGGAACCCUUUCAGACCAAGGGCUCAGCAUGGAAGGCAACGGUAGCUAGAAGGCAUAACAGAAAUUAAAAAGAGAAAACUUAAGAAAAGAACUGAAAAGGGGAACUGCUAUAAAGACAGUUCUAAUUCACCACUGUAUCUGAGCUGGUGUUAUUUCAAGCAUGUGAGUUGCACUAGAAGUGAAUAUACGUCUGCAUAUUUUAAAACUCUGUGUUAGAGGACAGCAGGAGUGCUGAGAAUAUGAAGGGGAGUUUUACCUCCUUGUAUACUUGUAACUGCGCCCGUGAAUUUUAUGUGCAUGGAACUUAGGCAGAAUUUUGAAACUUAACACCUCUUCUGCCUUGGAUAAUAUGUCAGGGCUUCUUUAUUUCUGUAAAAGCUGGUUUUACAUUCUGAUUUUUCAUAGUUCGUGGCCAUUCAGAAUGGUGCUUAUGUGUAGCAUAGGCUGCCUUGUGCUCCUGUCUGUCUUCUCUUGCUUCUGUUGCUUUCUAAAUAGCUUGAUGCCGAGUAACAUAAUUAACAUUAAGAAGGCUCCCAAAUUACCAAUACAGCCAAAAGAUAUUCUUGUCAAACACACACUUACAGUACUUGAAAUUACUUUCAGGUGCAAAGCCUAACAUCCUGGGGGAUGCUUGUUUCUUUGUGUCAGGAAUCACUUGCAUUGAGAAAUUCUUGCUCUGUGGAUGUUUUGUUAUGUCCAUUUUUAUUUGUUGUUCUGACUUAAGAUAGCACGUGUCAGGUAUGAUAAAGAUGAGGUCUUGUUUUAUUGAGGUCAGGGUUGCAGCCAGGAGCCCGAGAGCAAAAGAGGAAAUAAUGUUCUGAUGGCUGCAGUUCUUGCUGUUUCCAUGUGACUUUGAGGCUUUGAGAGACUUAGGCAGGACAUUCCUUUUGACUGCAAUGUGGUUUUCAUUCUCAUCAACCAGCAGCUUUUCUGGCAUUAUUUUUUCCUAAGUUGAAUUCCUAGCUUUGAAUGUUAAUUGGAGCUAUGCCUCCACCCUGGGGAAAAACUGUGCCAGGAAAGCUGUUGCCUACUGAGUAGCUGAAGAUGGUAAAACAGGAGUGCUGUGGUUUGUGCAUGCUAAGGAGCCAAUGUAUGGCCUUUUUCUUUUUUCCUUCCAGUUUUGGGGUCCAGUUCUGCAAAUACUAUACAGCAUAACACUUCUUUAACAAAUUAUAUUAUUUUAGGCCUCUUGUGCUGUAGUUUCUACUGAUAGUUGCCAGCUGGGCCUCCUUUUCCUGUGAAUUAUUCACAAUUAGCAAGAGUUGGCUCUUAAACUGUAAAAUGUUGAGAACAUUAUGAUGCUUCCUCGUAGGUCAGCUAUUUUUUGUUAAGCAGAUGACAACUCAGUGUUGUAGUUUGCUGUAUGCCAUGAGAUACUGGUGUUGUGAUUUGUAAAACCUUGCAAUCUAUGUUCACUGUAUAUUAAAAAAAAAAUUGCACUAGCUGUACUUAAAAAAAGAAAAGCAAUAAUGUAAGCAUCUUAUAGCUUAUAUCAUAAGAGGUGCUAUCUGUCAUGAUCACUUGCACUUUUGACCAUGAAUUUGGUAAAAAUGUUAAAGAAAUCUGUCCUAAUGUCAAAGAAAUUUGUCCUGUGUGGUUUGCUCACUUGGCACAUAGAAGUUGAAACUUUUUAUGGUCAAUGUAUGCACUAAACAAAUGCAAUUCUUUGGACUACUUACAUGACCACAUUCAUCUUUCAAAAAAAAAAUCAGAAACUAUGUCCAUCAAUGGUGCUAAUAAUCUCAAAAAAUAUCAAGAGCUGGUAUUCUCUUAUUGCCCAUGAGCACUAAGCAGAGCUGUUUUGACACCUUUUUCAAUAAAGCAAUUUCUCUAUAUUUUAAGCUUGUUCUAAAUGCUUUUUAUAAAAAUACGACCCUUUUCUAUUUAUUUUGUAUAAAACCUACAAAAUAUUAUUGUAAAUAUUUUAAAUGCGGGAAGAAGGUAGGAGUGCCUAGGGUAGAGGUCAGUCUGAGAUUGAGUUUUCAUAAGUGCUUAGGACAGCUAACCUUUUGAAACUCAAUGUAAGAUGUAAAGGAUGCCUUAGAUAGGAUUAAGGCGUAGACUCAGUGUUUUUAAAAAACAUUCUCUGGCUUCAUCAGCAUUGCUGAAACCUUGACAGAAAAUUGUAUGAGGAGAUGCUGAUUACUCUCUAUUGUAGAUGUGUCUUCUGCUGAAAGUUUUGAAAGAUAAGUUUGUGAAGGAAGAUGACCGUGUAGCCCUAUCUAAAGAGCAGAAGAGAAAUUUGAAAGUGGGAUUUGGAUGUGGUUAUCAAGGCAAUUUGUAGUCUAUUAUGAGUCAAUGUGAAAGCCUUAAUUAAGAUUGUUGAGAUUAUGGAAGAUAAGUUCUUAUUGGUUUUCGGCUUCAUAUGCAAAGUUUUCUUCAGAUGAGAAAUUCCUUGUGCCUUCUGUAGCAGUUUUUUUCCCCCUUCUUUAGCUAUGGUUUUAUGUUGCAUAUAGUAAAGGGCAAUGCACUUCCUAAUCAUUCUAAAUUGAGUCUUCAGGCAGCAUUAUCUACAUCUUCUCUCCAAGAGAAAUGAAAGCCUAUAGUUGUUGUAAAAGGCUCUCUUCUGACUGACAGUUGUGAAAGUGCUGAUGCCUUUAGGAUGAGGCUAUAGUAUGGUUCCCAACUAUGACAUAAGUAUGAUCCAAUAGUGAGAAAGUAUGACAUCUUCCACUUGUGCAUGCUUGGAAGUGCAGAUGGGGUGUCGUGUAUAGGUGUGUGAGUGAGCAGUCUCUGUGGACAAAUGUGCCACCUGAGAUGCUCCUCCUCUGUUCGAAGGUUGCACCUUUUGUAUACUGAAAGCUCAUCCAGACCAUUUAUUUUUGUUACUUCAAGAAAUGAACAGGCUUCUCAAAGACUUGUUUUACAGAACUACUCUUGUCUAUGCAAAGACUAUUCCAGGACUAGUUUGUUUCUACUUUCAAUUAAAUUACUCUAAUCAUCCAGUGAAGAUGGAUAAUCUAGUGACAAUAGUCUGUAUCGUGUCUCACUACUCUCAGAGCUUGCUUUAAUAGCAAGAAAUUUGGAAGAGCCAAAGGGAGAGAAUUAAGUCAUCUGUAACAGCUUUAAGCCACGGUGAAAUAUAACUUUAUUUUAAUUACUAAUCGCCUCAGACAAAACUAUCUUUUUCAUUUAUUUAAAAAGUGCAAUAUAAGUAGAAACAUUAGCAGAAAUAAAUGACUGCAUGUAUAAAUGCCCUGCAAAAAUGAAGCUUUUGUGAGCACACGGCAAGUACUGGCUAGUGGGUGACCAAGUGCGGAUUUUCCCUGUUAGCAUCUGCUGUGGGUUAUGGAACUACGACGGUCAGUGUGCUAAUGCUACUCAGAGAACUUCUGAGCAUUUUCAAUAUACUUUUAACAAAGUGUGGCUUUUUUUUUCUUUUUUUUUGCAAACGAAGUGCCUGUGGAAAUAAAGAUCUAAAAGCUGCCUACAAACUGAGAUACGCAGAAACGCAGCCCGUUGCUGAGGAAAAUGAAUGUUAACUACAUACAAUAACCAGUCAACGGUCUAAGUGUUGUGAUAGGAUUCAAAGGUUGGCAAAACUUGAGAGAAAUAUUAUGCUUUGGGAAGUUUACUCUCUUUAAAUUUCCAGUUCUUUUGCUUGGGCAUUAAUACUGUGAUUUGGUUAUCUUUAAAGAAAUGUGAAUUAAUUUGAACUAACCUUGUUUGUUAAGUACUUCUUUAAUGAAGGUUUUUCUCUUGGGGGCUGGGGGCAGCUGGGAAGGAGGGAAGAGGGUUAUUUGCUUGUUUCAUGGAGUUUUUUUGCCUGUUAAAAGAAAGAACUUUGAUUAUUCAGUCUAGGGUGAAACGAACUGAGGAAUGGACUUUCCAAAAGAGCUUAAGUAAAUGGAAGAUGGCUUUUAUUACCUUGUAGUGGGACUGGGGAGGAAUCAUUGCCAAGGAAAGCAGAAUUACUUUCUCCAGUCACUUGUCAAACAGGCUUAGAAGGAGGUGAGGCUAGAUUACUUCUAUGUGGGGAAAAAAAAAUAAAAUUGUAUAGAAAACUGUAAUAUUUUUAGAUGUGCUAAAUAGCUUAACUAUGUAUUAACAGACUGCAGAACAUAAAACUUCCCUUGAGACUCAGAUUUUCUUUUGUUCAGCUAAAUUUUCAUAUUAUCUCAUGCUGUUUUUUCUAAUAGGUGCCUCUUUUGUGAACAUUGUAAUUGAACCACUGCAUUUCUGCCAAAUAUGGGCAAAAUAAACCUGCAUUCUGUUCUGCUUUAAGGUGAUUUAAAUGGGAUCUUAAUUUCUGCUUUGUUUCAGCAGUAGUAAAAGAUCCACCUGCUGUUUAUGUUAGAUUAAAGAGAUUGCAUACAGUUGCCUUAAUUGCUUGGAGAAAAACGGACCUUGACCAGUGGAAGCUUUACGUGUGUCUGAAAUCCCUGUAACUUCUGUACACUUACUUGCAAUAAAACCUUUUCACUGUA